AUGUCCGGUCGCCACGAAAAAGGCGUCAAUGUUCAGGUCCUUCUCCGGUGCAGGCCGUUUAGUGACGAUGAGUUAAGGAACAACGCGCCUCAGGUGGUAACUUGUAAUGACUACCAGAGAGAAGUUGCCGUUUCGCAGAAUAUUGCUGGGAAGCAAAUCGAUAGGAUUUUCACAUUUGACAAGGUUUUUGGACCUACCGCUCAUCAAAAAGAUUUAUAUGAACAAGCAGUCAUUCCUAUCGUGAAUGAAGUUUUAGAAGGAUUUAAUUGUACUAUUUUUGCCUACGGACAGACAGGCACUGGAAAAACUUACACCAUGGAGGGUGAAUGUAAGAGGUCGAAGAGUGGGCCUAAUGGAGAGUUACCUUCAGGAGCAGGAGUAAUCCCUAGAGCUGUCAAACAAAUUUUCGACACUUUGGAGCACCAAAAUGCAGAGUAUAGUGUUAAAGUAACUUUUUUGGAGUUGUAUAACGAGGAGAUCACUGAUUUGCUUGCUCCUGAAGAAAUUUCUAGAGUCGUUGAAGACAAGCAGAAAAAGCUUCUUCCGCUCAUGGAAGAUGGUAAAGGUGGAGUUCUUGUGAGAGGACUGGAAGAGGAGAUUGUAACGAGUGCUAGUGAAAUUUUCUCGUUAUUGGAGAGGGGAUCCGCGAAACGUCGAACUGCAGAAACCUUAUUAAAUAAGCAAUCAAGUCGGUCGCAUUCUUUGUUUUCUAUAACUAUACACAUCAAAGAGGCCAACCCAGAAGGUGAAGAGCUUAUCAAAUGUGGCAAACUGAAUCUGGUCGAUCUAGCUGGUUCUGAAAAUAUUUCUCGGUCUGGUGCUAGAGAGGGUCGUGCAAGAGAAGCUGGAGAAAUAAACAAAAGUUUACUUACUCUAGGACGAGUAAUAAAUGCUCUUGUGGAGCAUCUUGGGCACAUCCCGUAUAGGGAUAGCAAACUGACCCGUCUACUUCGUGAUUCAUUGGGUGGAAGAACCAAAACAUGUAUCAUUGCUACAGUGUCUCCUGCUGUUCAUUGUCUUGAAGAGACCUUGAGCACAUUGGAUUACGCUCACAGGGCAAAAAAUAUAAAGAACAAACCCGAGGUAAAUCAGAAGAUGAUGAAAACAACUCUUAUCAAAGAUCUUUAUGGUGAAAUUGAAAGGCUCAAAGCUGAGGUCUAUGCCUCACGUGAGAAAAAUGGUGUUCAUAUACCGAAAGAGCGAUACUAUCAAGAGGAAAUGGAACGUAAGUCAAUGGCAGAUCAGAUUGAACAAAUGGGAGUUAAGAUAGAAAACCAGCAAAAGCAAUUUGAAGAAUUGCAAACUAAAUAUGAUGCUCGUGUCCGAGAGUGCUCUGAUUUGAGCUACAAACUUGAUUCUACCCAGAACAACUUGAAUCAAACCAAUAAGGAGCUGGCCAGUACCCAGGAAGAAUUGAAGAAAUGUCGAUAUGCUAUCAAUGAGCGAGAUUUUAUCAUAAGCGAGCAGAAAAAAGCAGAAAAUGCACUGGCUCAUCAAGCAUGUGUUUUGCGGCACGACUUGGAAAGAUCUCUUGAGGACAAUGCGGCAUUGUUUGCAAAGAUUGCAAGAGAAGAUAAACUGAGUGCUGGUAAUAGGUCAGUUGUGAACAAGUUUGAAUCUGAGCUCACACAAGAUGUUACAUCUCUUUGCAACCUGGUGGCUGCAUCAACAUCUCAGCAAAAUGAACAACUUCAAUGCAUUGAGAAAUUUUGUCACACCUUCAUCAACAUUAAUGAUAAGGCAAUCAUCGACAUAAAAAAGAAAGUUGCUGCUUCGAAAGUGUUGUAUGUUUCUCACAUUGAGGCGCUGCAAAAUGUUGUGCUUUUGCACAAAGCAAACUCUAAUGCCAGCUUAGAGGAGGUUUUAUCUUUGGUUUCUUCUAAUUCUUGUUUUGUUGAAAAACUACUAGCUGAAGAAGCUGCUGAAGGAAUUUCUAUUUUUGAUGAGCUUCAAGGCACUUUAUCAACUCAGCAAGGAGAGAUGGCAUAUUUUGCUAGAGAGCUUCGGCAGAGAUUUAAUAUCAGCGUUGGGCAUACAACGGAGAUAUCCAAGUUUGUCCAUGAAUUCUUCGAUAAGCUGAUGAAGGAAUCUAAAGAUCUAGGAACUCAUGCCAUCCAAGUUGAUGAGAUACAAACAAAGAGCAUUGAUGAAUUUCAGAAGGCAUAUGAGGAAAACUCAAAAUCUGACGCAGAGAAGCUUAUUGCUGAAGUAACAAGUUUGGUCACAAAUCAUAUCUGUCGUCAAAAAGAGAUGGUGGAUGCACGAUUAGCUAGCAUUAAAGAGACAGCUGCUGGAAGCAAGAAAGUUUUGGAUGGGCAUGUUUCAUCUUUUGAGAGAGUAACAUCUGAUGCCAAAAGAAAAUGGCAAGAUUUUUCCAUGCAAGUAGAAAGUGAUGCGACAGAGAAUGCUGAUUUUGCUGCUGCUAAACACUGCCGCAUUGAGUCACUGCUACAAAAAUGUGUCGAUGUUACUGAGUUGGCUCAAAAGCAUUCUAAAAAGACGCACAACUCUGUGACUGAAAUGGGAAGAAAACAUGUCACAGCUGUGGACUCGAUCAUCAGGAGUGCAUCGGAUAGUAAUGAACAUCAUGAUGCUGAGAUUGUUUCUUUAAGGGCCAAUGUUGAAGGCGACAUGUUGAAGAAUAGUGAGGAUAUUUCAAAGCACAUAGAUGGUACAUCAGAACAAGAGAGAGAGGCCGUUUCUAAAAUUCUAGAAACAACAAAAUCUCAGGCCAAAAGUCUUAAGAGCCUACAGGAGGAUCAUGCAAGACAAUCAUCUUCGAUAGAGCAGAAGGCUCAUGAUACUUUCCAGCAGAAAUACAUGGAUUACGAGCCAUCUGGAAAUACCCCGGUAAGAAGCGAGACUGAUGUUCCAAGUAAAGUGAGUAUAGAGUCCCUUCGUGCAAUGGCAAUAGAGAGCUUAGUGGAAGAGUUCCGAGAAAACCAUUCUUUUGCAGUAAAGGAGUCGAAGAUAUCUCCGACUGCACAACGCUCACCGUUGACACAAAUCAACUAG